GCAGUACUCUUUCUCCACGCCGAUGUUGGCCGAUCUCCAAUCUUUGCAGCUGCCCAUGGGGAGUAUUGUACAGGAGUAACAGUGGUGGCUCCAACAGACACGUGCAGGUCUUUGGUGGAAAGAGUCGGCAUCACAAUGGAGGAGCUCUUCUCUUUAAACCCAAAUCUGGAUUGCAAUAAUCUCCCUAUGAUAGUCUGCACCAGAGGUUAAUCUAGUAAAAUACGGUACGAUUAUGUUCCACGAG